GGAAAAGCAAGAGAUUUCUCUUCCUCAACCUACGAUUCCAAAGGCUUUAAAUUUUCUCCUUAAUUCUAAGCUUGUAACCAUGAGUCUCUCUAUCCGGGGAGUCUUAGCUGCAUUUUGCGUUGCAGUUCUUGCCGUGGCUAGUGCUCAAUCAACAUUCAGUCCUGCCCGACCACCUGCGAUACCCCUCGGGGUCAAGUCGCCCUACCUAAGCACGUGGCAGUUUGCAGGGGGUGAUGGAGGAAAUGGCGGAUACCUUGCUGGACAAUGGCCAACCUUCUGGGCAGGCCAAAUCACUGCUUGGACUGGAUUGAUUCGCGUCGAUGGUACUACAUAUACUUGGAUGGGAGCUCCGGAAAAUGUAGGACCACCAGUCACGCAAACUGCGUUUGAGUAUACGUCAACCAAGAGUAUCUUUACGAUGAAUGUGGGAGGCUUGGUGGAGAUGAAUAUUACGUUUCUUUCACCUCUAUAUCCAGAUGACGAAAAGCGACAAUCUCUCGUUUUCACUUAUCUGGACGUUGUAGUACAGCCUAUGGAUGGCGCUGCGCAUGAUGUGCAACUGUAUGCAGAUAUUUCAGCAGAAUGGGUUGCAGGAGACCAUUCGUCAGUUGCACAGUGGGAAAAUGGCAUCACUACAGAUAACAUUGCGUACCACAGAGUAUACAGACAGGAGCAACUCCUAUUCAGCGAGACCAACCAACAAGCUGAUUGGGGCUACUGGUACUGGGCCACAAAGAAUGGGCCAAGACUGAACUACCGCUCUGGUCAGGAUGUUGUUGUCCGAGGUGCUUUCGCUAGCAAUGGAUCAAUAGGAGACUCGAGUGAUACCAAUUUCCGGCCCAUUAACCAAGAUUGGCCAGUGUUUGCGUUCUCCAGUGACCUUGGCCGAAUCACUAGACCUACCAGUACCCUCUACACUCUUGGUCUGGCUCAAGAGGAAGCUCUACAGUUUGAUGGUGAAACUGGUAUAGUACCACUUACUUCUCUAUGGACGAGCUAUUUUUCAAGUGAAACCGAUGCUCUUUCAUUCUUCUACAACGACUACGGCUCUGCCAGUUAUGCCUCCAACAGCUUCGACAACAAGAUAGCUGCCGAUUCCAUGGCCGCAGCAGGACAAAAUUACUUGACCAUCACGUCCCUCUCAGCCCGUCAAGCAUUCGGGGCAGUCCAACUCGUCGGCAACUCAACCAAGCAAUAUCUUUUCCUCAAAGAAAUCAGUUCCGACGGUAACGUUCAAACAGUGGAUGUCAUCUUCCCCUUCCACCCAAUCCUCCUGUAUACCAACUCAACCCUGCUUAAACUACUCCUGGAUCCCCUUUUCGAGAACCAAGAAACGGGCCAGUAUCCCAACGCAUGGAGCAUGCACGAUCUCGGAUCCUCCUACCCAAACGCAACCGGCCACCCCGCGGGAAACGACGAGCAGCAACCGCUAGAAGAGUGCGGGAAUAUGCUCAUCAUGACCCUCGCAUACGCCCAAAGGCUCAAGGACACUGCAUACCUUUCCAAACAUUACAAAAUCCUAAAGCAAUGGACGCAGUACCUCGUAGCCGAAGCUUUGAUCCCAGCGAACCAGAUUUCCACCGACGACUUCGCCGGCGCUCUCCCUAACCAGACCAACCUAGCUCUCAAGGGAAUAAUCGGCAUCGAAGCCUUUGCCGUGAUUGCGAACCUGACAGGGAAUGAAGCAGAUGCUAAGAACUACAGCGAUAUCGCGCAUUCCUACAUCACGCAAUGGCAAGUCCUAGGCGUUGCUCAAGACGCCACGCCUCCUCACACCACGCUGGGCUACGGACUCAAUGAUACGCAUGGCCUCCUAUACAACCUGUACAGCGACGCGGAAUUGAAUCUCGGGCUCGUCCCGCAAAGUAUCUAUGACAUGCAAAGCACCUUCUACCCGACCGUCGCCGAGAAAUACGGCGUCCCCCUGGACACGCGGCACAACUACACGAAGAGCGACUGGGAGAUGUUCAGCGCCGCCAUCGCGAAUCCCGAUACGCAAGCGCUCUUGAUCGGCCAUCUGGCAAGCUGGAUUAAUGAGACGCCGACGAAUCUAGCUAUGACGGAUUUGUAUGAUGCACAGACUGGGAAUUGGCCCAUAAACGCCGGGGAUUUCACAGCGCGCCCUGUGGUCGGUGGCCAUUUCGCAUUACUCGCAUUGAGGGCUUCGGCAUGAAAUCCUGAUGAGCAAUAAGUAAGCAAGCAAGCAAGGUAGCAAGCUAGCUAGCUCUAGGAAUGCAGGAUAACACCAACAACAUGAUCCUAAGCACGGAAGAAGGCGAGAAGCGGUCCAUGUUUGCCCUCUCGAUGAGUAGUAGUGACAAAUUAUAUAUAUAUACCAGUAUCCGAAUCCAAUACUACAUGUUCUUUUCCUUCUCUCCCCAUACAUCAAUCACACGAGGGUCAAGAUCCGUGGUGAUCUUGUUUCUCAUCGGGUUCACCAAUAGGUAGCCUCAAUUUGUUUAUGUAGGUAAAAGGGGGAGUCAAAAGCAUGAAGCGAGAGGAAAGAAAUGGGGAAAACCUUGCUUCAGGUUUUACGUUGCGGGUUUGAGGGGUUAUUAUUAUAGCACUAAGUAAUGCAUUAGUAGGGAAGACUGUUAAUAGAGGGA